AUGAAUUACGUCUCUACAAAGACUCAGUGGAAUAGGAAAGAUGUUAUCGUUAAUGAAACAUUUGCAAAUUCCAUCGUAAUCGACAUCGUGUCUGAUGAAAAUGAUGUUGAACCAAGAACUGUAGAAGAAUGUCGACGUAGGAGUGAUUGGCCAAAGUGGAAGGAGGCAAUGCUGGCUGAGUUAAAGUCACUUGAAAAACGAGAAGUUUUUGGGAAAAUAACCCUUACACCAGCAGGGAUUGAUUAUGAAGAAACAUAUUCUCCAGUGGUUGAUGCAACUACAUUAAGAUUUCUGGUAAGUUUGACAGUCACAAAAGGACUGCAAAUGCGAUUAAUGGAUGUAGUGACUGCGUAUUUGUAUGGGUCACUCGAUACGGACAUUUACAUGAAAUUCCCCGAAGGACUAAGACUACCAGAAAACCACAAGCCUAGACAACUGCUUUCCAUAAAACUAAAAAGGUCACUUUAUGGAUUGAAACAAUCUGGAAGGAUGUAG